AGACCAGGACCCACGGCCCAAGGACGUCUUUGAUGAAUUAUUCAUGCUGGCGCCGGAGAAAGUGAUCGCCGUGCGGGAGGCCAUCAUAACCUUCGUCAACCAGAAGCUGGAUCGCCUGGGCCUAUCGGUGCAGAGUCUGGACACCCAGUUUGCAGACGGGGUCAUCUUGCUCCUGCUGAUCGGGCAGCUGGAAGGCUUCUUUCUGCACCUGAAGGAAUUCUACCUCACCCCCAGCUCGCCUGCAGAGAUGCUGCACAAUGUCACCCUGGCCCUGGAGCUGCUGAAGGAUGAAGGGAUCCUCAACUACCCCGUCAGCCCUGAAGACAUCGUGAACAAGGAUGCCAAGAGCACACUGCGGGUGCUCUACAGCCUGUUCCACAGACACAAGCUCAGAGGGAGCGCGGAUGGGGUGCCCCAAGGAGCCCCGCGUUAGCCUCCAGGCCAGUGAGCAACCUUCGGAGCAUGGAUGCUGGGCCCAGCUCAGGACACCGUGCUGGGACCUGCUGCCACAGCUUCUCCAUCUCUGCCUCUAGUUUCCGGAGAGCCCGCUGGCUCCGCAUCUGCCUGGAGCCAGCCUCUGGCCUUGCCCUGCUUGUGUUAACCUGCGCAUUUCAAAGAGGGAUUGCAUUUGUAAAUGUGCAUAAAAGUGAGCCAACUUCACAGGCUGACCCCAUUC